UUGUCGGGCCGGCCGCCACUGAAAUCCUCCACAAAUGGCCGCCGCAGACGCAGAGCAGGAGAAGGAGCUCCUCUCGUCGGUGGUGGGUGACAUCCGGAGCUUCUCCGGCUCCGACCCCCUGCGCCCAUGGCUCCGGGGCAUGCGGAAGAUGGAGCGGGCGCUUCCGCCGGCGACGCUGCGGGAGAAGCUGCCCAGGUUCCUCCAGAAGUGCGCCCAGGAGUUCCAGGACGACGCACGCUACCGCGACGAUCCCCGCUACCUCCGCGUCUGGAUCCAGCUGAUGGACUACGUGGCGGAUGCGAAGCCAUUGCUCAAGAAGAUGGAGAGGAAUCGAAUUGGCCUUAAGAGAGCUUCAUUUUAUAUGGCUUAUGCACUAUAUUAUGAGAAGCACAAGAGGUUCAGCGAUGCAGACAAGAUGUACAAUCUGGGGAUCCAGAACCUGGCAGAGCCUAUCAGUGAGUUGCACAAAGCACAUGAACAGUUUAUUCUUCGAAUGGAAUCAUACAAGAGGAGGAAAGAUAAACUGCAGGAAAGAAUACCUACAAAAGCUGAUCCAAGUGCUAAAAUGCCUGCGAAAGCUGGGCCUAGUGCUACAUCUAUGAACCAAGUUGAAGGUGAAAGCAGAAACAGUAAACAACUGAAAUCCAAUUCAACUCAGAAGUCAGGAAGCAGUUCUACUUCAUUAGGCUGUUAUCCUCCAUUAGGGCCAGCUAAAGUUUGUAUGCUAUCCAGAGGCAACUCAGGAGCAAACAACAAUUUGUCCCGUUGUAAUAGCGAUGAUACUGUAGUUGUAAAGUUUGUAGGCUCUGCAUUGGUUGGGAAGUCAGAAGCUGAAGAUGCCUGCCAUCAUGGCCUAGUUGAACCAACUAUAAACACUAAGGAGGCUAUGGAUGCCAUCAAUAGCAUGUUUUUGGAGCCAGUUGAACCUGAGACGACGCUCAAGAGACGCUCAAAGCAUGAAAAGACAAAUUCUAAUCAGCAAAAAAGUGCAUUUGACAUCUUUGUUGAUGAAGAUGAACCUAAAUAUAAUGAUCCAAAGAUGGUCCACAGCAAUAGCAUGAAGCAAGAGCAUCCAAAGUUUGGUCAGCAAACAAGAGGGUUUGAGAUCUUUAUUGAUGAAGAUAGUACAAAUGGCAAAAACCAAAAUACGGGGCAGAACAAGAACUCUAAGAAGGAAAACAUGAAGUCAAAUCAGGAAACAAGUGGGUUCGAAAUCUUUGUUGAUGAAAAUGAGGCUAACUGCAAUGUACAGAAUGUCAUGUGCCACAAGAAUAAUAGAUGUCCUCCAAGACCAUUGCAUGAUUCAUCUAGACAUAAAGGCCAAAAUGACUUUCAGAAGCCAUUUGUUGGAGGAUUUGCAAUAUUGCCAGAUGAAGAAGAAGAACAAUGUGAGAAAAGUGAUGAUGAUGUCAAGACAAACUCUAGAACUGUGCAGCCUACUCAUGAUAAUAAUAGUUUGCACUGUCGGGUUCAAGCUGACUCAGGAACACGAUAUCAUGAACGUCCUCGCCCUGCAAGUUCUGGGCUUCAAGAGGACACAGUUAUUCAUAGGUUUGUUGGAUCCACUAUUGAUGAUGAGGCUAAGGUAGAAAAUGCAUGCCACCAUGGAUUAGUCGAUCCAACUGUCAAUCUAAAGGAGGCUAUGGAUGAUAUAAACAACAUGUUUGGGAAACCACUAAACUUCCAGGGUGAGAGAACAAAGAGAAAAACCAACACACUGUCAGAUAGAAAAGCAGCUCCAGUUUCAGGUUUCUCCAUAUUAGCUGAUGAUGACCCAAAAGAGAGCACCUGCAAAGCCAGUCAGAGCAAUUCCUGCAAAUUUGGGGAUGAGAAUGGUCUAUUUGAGCUCACAAUCACCACUCGUGAUGUCAUGGCGGAGAUCAACGAUAUGUUUGGGAUGCCACUAGACUAGACUUCUAAGAUAUUUGUUCAGAGUGAACUGAAUAACUCAAUUGAGAGUCAGACAAUUGCCUUCGCCUUUUUGCUCUUCCCUUGAGAAAUAUGCAGUGUACUCGUGUAUUGCUGAUAUGAACUAUGAAGAGAGCUUGGAAUCAAUCACCUUAUUUGGUACACAUAUGGUGAGCAUUUUCUUGAACUAUUGUCAAAUGUUUGCAGUUCACGUUCAUCACCCUGAAACAGUGUAUCUAAUUUUGUCAGUAAUUUUGUAGCGUUAAAUAUGAAUAGAGAGUUGCUACUUUGCUUUCUCUAGUUAAGUUUUCCAGUGACUCUGAAAAUAUUAUUAGAGACUGCUCUUUGUUUUUCUUCAUAAUUUAUUUGUCUUCUAACAUGCCUUGAAGUUCUAAAAAGAUGGAGGAAAAAGCUAGAUACUAAGGUAAAUUCCUCGCCAGUUUCGUUUCGUCAGGGAAAAAUCGAAACACAAAGAUAAGUUUUGCAUGUCUGUGCUAGCAGUUAGUAACGUAUAUUGGAGUGUGAAGAAUGGACAUUUGUUUUACUGAACUUCACAUGAAUCUACUUGAUGGCCCUGAGUUUUGCUCUGUUGCUUCUUACUUUAUUGAAAAAUGCUUCUCACUUUAUCUCAAAGAUCAGUGUUAACUUGGUUCUGGUUACUUCUGAUGUUAAAGCUUACAAAUGUAUUGAUUCUCCUAGUGCAGGUGAAUAUUACAGCAGAUGUUAGGACCUAUGUGAUUCAGGGCGCGGAGAACUGGUGAAGAUGCAUUGCUUCUGCUGGAGUUGUCGCUGUCUCGCUGAUAUACUUUAUCUUCUCGAGAGCAGGGCAUAGAUAGCAUCCACAUGUUGUAAGCAUCAACAGAGAGAUCCCUGUUGCACUGUCAUAUAAUGCCGCUAUAGUGACAUCGCCACAUUGGCUCGAGGCUCAAUUUUUUCAUGCUGAAAAAGCCGAGACUCGUGUAUUUGUUGGAAAUUGUAGCAGGCAUGAGUACGCAUGCUGCUCUGAUCAUCUGAUGCUUAUAAAAAA